GCGGUGAGUUGUUGAAAGAUGAAAUCUACAGGCCUUGUGCACCCUCUCCGCUCUUGAAGCGUCAUUAUCGAGUGCCGCUGAGACCGGCCAAAGCCAAUGGCUGAUACCACGGUACUCCCAUCAGAACGUAUUGCUUUAUCAACACUCUCUUCACGCGACUCUCUUCCCGACAGAGGUACUGAUAGCAAUAGUCCACUGUCGACUCGUUCCCUUUCCGAAGACAAUGUACCCUUCCUGGCACCGACUGACGCGACGGGAGGCUCAGCGAAACAUGCCAUAUCCCCUGGACUUGCUCGAAGGCUCUAUGUUUCCCACUUUCUGUCGACGUGGAAUUUCCGCGGAUUCGAAUUCGGCGCUGUUUUGUUCCUAGCCAACAUCUUCCCAAAGACACUGUUGCCUUUGUCUAUCUACGCUCUGGUCCGGGCAUUGGCCGCUAUCGUCUUUGCCCCCUUGAUCGGUCGGUAUAUCGAUACAGGUCCACGUCUGCAGGUUGUUCGCAAUUCGAUUGUCUAUCAGCGUAGCGCUGUUGUGCUCUCAUGCGGUAUCUUUUAUGUCAUGCUCUGGCAAAGGCCACACCUUGAGACAUGGAAUCUUUACGCACUCCUCGCUGUGGCUAGUGUCCUAGCCUGCGUUGAAAAGCUCUGUGCAAUCAUGAACACCGUGUCUGUUGAAAGAGAUUGGGUGGUGGUCAUUGCGGGUGACAACGAGGCCACUCUUCGCACUCUCAACUCCCAGAUGCGUCGCAUCGACCUCUUCUGCAAACUUUGCAGCCCUCUGCUCAUCGCGUCAUUGGAGAGCUACAACACGAAAGUCGCCGUUGCUGUUAUGGGCAGUGUCAAUGCCAUGUCAACAAUCGCAGAAUAUAUCUUCAUUGCCAGAGUGUACGCGGCGUUCCCGAAUCUUGUGCGCGACAAUCCACCUCCCACCACGAACGAUGAGUGCGGUGAUGACCUGGGACAAGCAUCUGGGUCCGCCCCACAGGAACCUGUCAGGCUGUCAUUGUGGCGAGAUUUGAAGAUCUAUACGUCUCAGGGAGCCUUCUUGCCCUCCGUCUCACUGUCCAUCCUGUACUUAACCGUGUUGUCCUUCUCUGGGCAAAUGGUGACAUAUCUUCUGGCCAGUGGUUAUACCUCGACAGUGAUUGCGGUGAUGCGUUUGAUAUCGACCGGGUGUGAGAUGUCGGCCACCUGGGUGGCACCGUUGGCCAUGGCUUGGAUUGGCCCCAUUAGAUCCGGCCUUUGGUUCCUCAACCUCCAGAUGGCCUGUCUAGCAGUCGCCCUCAGUUUGUUCUGGAUGAUAGGGUCGCCAUUCUGGGCUGCGUCUGGACUUAUCGCGGGCACGAUCCUUAGCCGCAUCGGCCUUUGGGGCUUCGAGCUCUCGGCACAAGUGAUCAUUCAAGAACAGGUCGAGCCAGAAUAUCGCGGGUCCUUCUCGACGACCGAGUCCUCCAUCCAGAAUAUCUUCGAACUCUGCGCAUAUGCCUCGACCAUUAUAUUUCCUCAACCGGCGAGCUUCAAAUGGCCUGCUACUAUGUCCGUUGCUGCCGUGUACACUGCUGGAGCUCUGUACGCCAGCUUUGUGAGGCGCAGACGUGGUCAUUUGGUGCAUCUUUCAAAAUGCCUGGAAGGCAGAAAGCAUUCGACCCUAGAAUCGGGAAGACUCUGUCAACGGUGCAGAUCAGAUAUUGGAUAGGUCUCUGGAUCAAUCAGCAAGUGAACAGGUAUUCAUAUCUCUUGUGUUUCAAGUUCCUGGUCGGGAUAACCGAUCCAAGGACCAUCUUCAUCGCGACCAAGUAAUCCAUGCACCUGGCAGCGACGUUUCAGUAUGUUCCAGCAUUGGCAGCCAAUCUUGUCCAGCUAUCAUUUAUUAUAAUGUUGUGAAGUGCCCUUGGUCCAGCUGGAUCCAAAGUAUCUUGCAGUUCCAACUCACAACUACAGCGAGCCCAAG